CCCUUUGAAUUGCCCACUUGUUCACGCUAUUUAAAGCCUAGUAACACGCAUAUGGUAACUAUCAGGCAGAUCAGCUCAAGAAAUCCGAGGUAGCUAGAUAGCUGCAAUGGCAGCACAAGCUCCUACCAUGUUGGCACCAACCAACGAGGAGCUGCUGCAAGCACAGGCCGAUCUAUGGCGCCACAGCCUCUGCUACAUCACGUCUCUGAGUCUCCAAUGUGUCAUCAAGCUUGGCAUCCCCACCGCCAUCCACCGCGCCGGCGGCGCCGCGUCGCUGCCCGACCUGGUUACCGCUCUGUCCCUCCCGCCGUCCAAGCUACCGUUCCUCCGCCGCCUCAUGCGGCUGCUGGUCCACUCCGGCGUCUUCGCCGCCGACGACACCACCGAUACCGGAACGUACCGUCUCACCCCGCUGUCAUGCCUCCUGGUGGACGGCGACGACGACGGCGCCGCCAUCGUCGACGGCCACCCCAGCCAGGUGCCCACGGUGCUCGCCAUGGGGUCGAGGCACUGCGUCGAGGCCGCCAUGGGGCUCGCGGAUUGGAUCAAGAAGGAUUCGCCGUCGCUGCUGUUCGAAGACGUGCAUGGCGCGACGCCCUUCGACGAGAGCAUGGCGGAUUUGGACCCGGAGACACACGGGCUGCUCAACGAAGGUCUGGCGGCGCACGACGGCUCGGGAUUCGCCGCCGUUCUGCGGGAGUGUCGUGAGGUGUUCCAGGGGCUGGAGUCGCUGACAGACUGCGGCGGCGGCGACGGCGCGACGGCGAGGACCAUCGUCGAGGCCUUCCCACACGUCAAGUGCACUGUGCUGGACCUUCCUCGCGUGAUUGGCGACAAAACGACUGAUGGGGUUGUGAGCUAUGUGGCCGGUGACAUGCUCAGCUUCAUCCCACCUGCACAAGCUGUGAUGCUAAAGGUUGUACUUCACCAUUGGAGUGACCAGGAUUGCGUGAAAAUCCUAGCUCAUUGCAAGAAAGCUAUUCCAUCACGAGAGGCAGGAGGUAAAGUGAUCAUCAUUGAUGUAGUGAUUAGUUCUACCUCCGGACCAUUGCUGGAAGCCGAGCUCCUUAUGGAUGUGGGCAUGAUACUGAUCGGCAAAGGCCAACAGCGAGAUGAAAACAAGUGGUGUGAUCUCUUCAAAAAAGCGGGCUUCAGUGAUUACAAGAUUGUGAAGAAGCUAGGAAUUCGAGGCAUCUUUGAGGUCUAUCCAUAGUAAAGCUCCCAUAUGGGUAUGCCCUGUAUGGAUCGUGUGAUACAAGUGAAUAAAUUGUGGGAGUGCUUUCUUUAAUUUAUUAAUAAAGUUUCAUAUGAGCUCA